AUCUGCCGGGUGCGCAGCGACUGAUGCUUGCAGGAAGGCAGAUUAGCGGCAGGGAAGGAAAAAAACAACUUAUUUUAUAACGCAAUGGACGUUUUAUCGCGAUGCAAACCGAUGCAUGCUCUAUUAUUCACCUUCCAGUCCAAUGAGGCGACUAUUCUGCGGUGUCUUGUUAUUGCAUCUCUUUGACUUCUGAACACAUCAAAUCACUCCACGCAGGACGGCACCAUGCUGACUACUAUCACCGAGGGGAUCCUGUGCUGCCUCACCGGGAAGGCGGCAAGCCUCGUUCUGCCCCUGGAGUCCACAGCACCCUCCGACGGCUUUGAAUUCGUGGAGGUGAAACCCGGGAGAGUCCUGCGAGUCCGCCAUAUCGUCCCCGAACGUCAGCCGAUCGGCAAUGAGGAACGAGAGCCGAAGGACGGCGACGGUGGUGUCCACUGCAAGAGGAAGAUCACGGUCUACCGUAACGGUCAGCUGGUCAUUGAGAACCUCGGCGAUGUUCUGCACUCUGAGAUCCUCCAGUGUCAGGACGGUGAUCUGGAGCCAUGUAGCACCGUCGAGGUGGAGCUGGCCGACUACAAGGAAAUGGCCUCGUCCCCGGAUCCCAGACCGGUUCCGCCUGCUAUGCCUCCGCCUCCUGGCGAGCAGAAGCCCGCCCCGCCUCCUCGCCGCCGCCGCCGGAAGCCCAAACGCACCGUGCUGAUCGACUCCCACAGAGUGAUCAGCAGCUGCAAGGGCACGCACUCGGACGUGGCGCUGUUUUUCGUGCACGGCGUGGGAGGCUCCUCGGACAUAUGGAGCAGCCAACUGGACUUCUUCUCUCGGCUGGGCUACGAGGUCGUCGCGCCGGACUUGGCGGGGCACGGCGCCAGCAGCGCCCCGCAGAUUGCCGCCGCCUACACUUUUUAUGCUCUGGCGGAGGACCUGCGUGCCAUCUUCAAGAGAUAUGCUCGGAAACGCAACAUCCUCAUCGGUCACUCGUACGGGGUGUCGUUUUGCACGUUCCUGGCCCACGAGUACCCUGACCUUGUCCACAAGGUGGUAAUGGUCAAUGGAGGAGGUCCCACAGCCUUGGAGCCCAGCCUCUGUUCCAUCUUUCAGCUGCCGUCAUGUGUCCUUCACUGCCUGUCUCCUUGUCUGGCCUGGAGUUUCCUCAAAGGCGGAUUCGCCCACCAGGGUGCCAAAGAAAAGCAGCUGUUGAAGCAAGGCAACGCCUUCAACGUGUCGCCGUUCGUGCUGCGCGCCAUGAUGAGCGGGCAGUACUGGCCCGAGGGGGACGAGGUCUACCACGCCGAGCUCACCGUGCCCAUCCUUCUGGUUCACGGCAUGUGUGACAAGUUUGUGCCAAUGGACGAAGACCAGCGCAUGGCGGAGAUCCUCCUGUUUGCCUUCCUAAAAGUCAUCGAGGAAGGAAGUCACAUGGUGAUGAUGGAGUGUCCCGACACGGUCAACACCCUCCUCCACGAGUUCUUCCUCUGGGAGCCGGACUCAUCCAGGAAGGACAGCAAGGAGACGGAGGCGGCGGACAAGUCCCUAGCAGUCAGUGACCAGCUCCACACGCUGAGAACCAGUAGGUCCUGCGUGGACAAAUAGUUCCUUUUUGGGGGGGCUUUGGAGCAGACGGCCCUUUUUUUCCCAGGCACUUUGUCAGAUGUUCUUCAGGCUGCUUCCCGGCUGAGAGCUGUUACAUUUGAAGGCCACGCGUCUGGAGGCGGACGCUGGUGCUCUGAGAUCAAGCUGGAACCCUGGCGCACCACCAGCAGGGGAAUAAUGGCGAGGAGGGCAACUGGUGCCCCAUAACGAGGUUGGGUUUUUCUUUUUUUUUUUGUGGACACGGUUACAAGUCAUGAAGUACGUUCCGUCACUGAAUGUUCUUAUAUGGGCGUGACUCAGUGUUUAUUUCAUACAAAGGGAAUAACUCAAGUAUACAUAAUAACUCUUAUAGUAGGCUAUGUGUGACUGAUUGGACCACAUAUAGCUGAAGAACCAACGUAUACCGAAAUAAUAACCACGUGGUCGCAUGAAGAUGUAGUCGGAACCAACAAGAGGAAAAAAAAAGACCUGCAUUUUACAGUAUUUUAUCCACAGUAAACUGCAGUGUAACAUUACCACACAUCUGUCUUUAUAUUCCACUGCAAUGAACUGUUAUUUCUCAGUGAAAUUCUGUCAUCCAAGUCCUUUUGUACCUAUGGAGGUUCUCACUCAUCCAGGUCUUUGUAGUCUUAGGGCGGUCAGUCAUCGCAACUGGACUGUUUGGUUGGUCUUGGAAGACGUUUGGUCUCUCAUCCCAGUAGACUUCAUCGGUUCAUGUUCUUAGACUUAGAUUGGUCAGAUCGAGUCUUAGACUUAGAUUGGUUGGAUCUACUCUUAGACCUAGAUUGGUCACAUCUAGUCUUUGACUUAGAUUGGUCACAUCUGGUCUUAGACUUCGAUUGGUCAGAUCUGGUCUUAGACUUAGCUUGGUCACAUCUCGGAUUAGAGGUAGAUUGGUCACAUCUAGUCUUAGACUUAGAUUGGUCAGAUCUAGUCUUAGACUAAGAUUAGUCAUAGCUAGUUUUAGACUAAGAUUGGUCAGAUCCUGUCUUAGAGUUAGAUUGUUCACAUGUAGUCUUGGACUUAGAUUGGUCACAUGUAGUCUUAGACUUAGAUUGGUCACAUGUAGUCUUAGACUUAAAUUGGUCAGAUCUACUCUUUGACUUCGAUUGGUCAGUUUUAGUCUUAGAGUAUGAUUGGGCACAUCAAGUCUUAGACGUUGAUGGGUAACAUUUAGUCUUAGACUUAAAUUGGUCAGAUCUACUCUUAGACUUCGAUUGGUCAGAUCUAGUCUCAGACUUAGCUUGGUCAGAUCUAGUCACAGACUUAGCUUCGUCACAUCUAGUCUUAGACUUAGAUGGGCCACAUUUACUCUUAGACUUAAAUUGGUCACAUCUAGUCUUAGACUUAGAUUGCUCAGAUUUAGUCUUCGACUUAGAUUGAUCACAUCUAGUCCCCGCCUUAGAUUGGUCACAUCGAGUCUUGGACUUAGAUUGGUCACAUCUAGUCUUAGACUUAGAUUGCUCAGAUUUAGUCUUCGACUUAGAUUGAUCACAUCCAGUCUCCGACUUAAAUUGGUCAGAUCUAGUCUUGGACUAAGAUUAGUCAUAUCUAGUUUUAGACUAAGAUUGGUCAGAUCCUGUUUUAGAGUUAGAUUGGUCACAUGUAGUCUUAGACUAUAAUUGGUCAGAUCUACUCUUAGACUUCGAUUGGUCAGAUCUAGUCUUAGAGAAUGAUUGGGCACAUCGAGUCUUAGACUUAGAUGGGCCACAUUUAGUCUUAGACUUAAAUUGGUCAGAUAUAGUCUUGGACUAAGAUUGAUCAGAUCCUGUCUUAGACUUAGAAUGGUCACAUCUAGUCUCCGACUUAGAUUGGUCACAUCUAGUCUUAGACUUAGAUUGCUCAGAUUUAGUCUUCGACUUAGAUUGAUCACAUCUAGUCUCCGACUUAGAUUGGUCACAUCGAGUCUUAGACUUAGAUUGGUCACAUCUAGUCUUAGACUUAGAUUGGUCACAUCUAUUCUUAUACUUAGCUUGGUAACAUCUCGUCUUAGAGUUAGAUUGGUCACAUCUAGUCUUAAACUUAGAUUGGUCGCAUCCAGUCUUAGACUUGGAAUGGUCACAUUUAGUCUUAGACUUAAAUUGGUCACAUCUAGUUUUAGACUUAAAUUGGUCACAUCUAAGUUGGUCACAUCUAGUUUUAGACUUAGAUUGGUCACAUCUAGUCUUAGACUUAGAUUGGAUCAGAUCUAGUCUUAGACUUAGAUUGGUCACAUCGAGUCUUAGACUUAUAUUGGUCAGAUCAAGUCCAACGUUUGGUGCCAAAACCCCAAAUAUUUAUA